AUGGCGGAUAUUCGCAGCUUCUUUGCCCCUGAGGGUUUCACGACCAGUCAGGGGAAGGAGUUCAGCAAUGCGUCGCUCAGCAACAAGGGCAGCAAGAGCAGCAAAGCCCGUGCUUCACACAGCCCUCGAAAGGCGACUGCGUCUGCGGCACAGCCAGAACGGAGGAAGUCAGCACCAGUGGCUGCAGCGAAAUCCUCCAGACAUCGCCGUGGAGAGGCCCCCGAGAAGCGGGGUCGUUCCAAGGUGACACCCAGGCCUAACAGCAGCAGCAGCAGCAGCAGCAGCGACAGCAGCAGCGACAGCGAGAAGAGUGAAGCCCACCAAGAGGAGUCUGAUGGCACCAGUAGCAGCGAGGAGGAGACUUUGAGCCCCCCCAAGACUGCCUCUGCCGCAAGGAAGGGUGGACGCCUACGCCGAGUGGUGGUAUCGGACAGCGACGAGGAGUGUGCAGAGGUGGAGAGCCUCCCGCAGAGUGAAAAUACUGGCGGCGGCAGCGGCAAGAAGAGCAAUCAGCAGCAUCCGCAGACGCAGAAGCAGCGAAAAGGCUUCAAGGGCACGCGUUGCGUUGUACUGGAGCCAGGGGAGUCUGAGAGCGAGGAGGAACAGCCGAGAAUCCGACGGGGAAAAGGCUCUACCGCCCCAGCAGUCACCCUCGAUAAGUUUCUCAAGUCGACGCCUUCUAGUGGUGGGUGUGGCAAUGCUGGUGCUGCUGCUCUCCCAAACGCGGAGCAGCAGAAGAAGAACGCUUCCCAAAGGAUCGAGGUGGACGUGGAUUCAUUCUUUGCCGCUGCAGCUACAAAGGAGCUGCAAAAACACAAGAAGAAAACACCUUCUGACGCCAAAGCACCACCAGCCCCUGCUGCCACUGCUGCGGUUGGAGGGGUUGGGUGUCUAGUCGGCAAGAGGCGUCGUGAGUGUGUAGGUCUUGAGGCGUGGCAGACGGAAACUUCCCUGUAUGAGGCUCAGAGUAUGUGGCUUUGUGUGGUAGCAGAUGUUCGGGAAGAUCUGCAUUCUCCGAAGAUUCGAAAGCGCAGACUCUCAGUUGCAGAUGACAGGAGCAUGCAAGCAGCGGCACCAGCCCCGAAGUCUCCGAAGCGCCUCCAAAGCAAGAAGCUGUGCAGCAGCAAUACUAGCAGCAGCAGCAAUAGCACAAGCGACAAGCCACUGGCUGGUAUGAAGCUUGUCUUGACGGGAGUCUUGAAGCAGAUGCCUAGAGAAGUUGCAGCGGAACGAAUCGUUGCAGCAGGCGGUUCUGUUACGACUGCGGUGUCUGGAAAGACGAACUAUUUGGUAGUGGGGGCUGAGUUGGAAGACGGCCGGCCCGUGGAGUCGGGGAUGAAACAUCGAAAGGCUACUGAGCUGCAGCAGAAGGGAGGCAACAUUCGCAUAAUCCGUGAGGAGGAGUUCUUAGAGAUGUUGGGGGGGGUGGCGCAUGCAGCAUCCUCUGCGCCUCUGAAGUCUGCAGCAGAAAAAGCUGCCCCUGCAGCAGCGAAUCGAGCUGCAUCGGCAGCAGCGCUUCCAUCCUUGCCAGCAGCAGCUGCACUUCAAGUCCAAGACAGCAGAUGGUCAGUGUGGGCAGAGAAGUAUCGUCCACAGACACCCGAGGAGUUCGUAGGCAACGAGGGGCCUUUCCAGCUUCUUCUGCAGUGGCUAAGGGAUUGGCACGACGUCUGCAUCAAGGGCAUUGGGAAGACGACUGCAGCGGCAGUAGCGGCACGGCGAUAUGGCUUUCAGUUGUUGGAAUUCAAUGCCUCAGAUUCGCGAAAUAAGGCGCAUAUAGAAGAGCUGCAAGACUUAGUGACUGGCGGCGUAACAGUCAACUUCUUCAAGCUCGACAAGAACGGCAAAACAACGCCUACUGCCUCAGGCGCUGCAGCAGCACAUGGGGAAGGCAAAUUUCCGUGCCUCCUAUUGGAUGAGGUUGACGGCCUUAGUGGAGGAGACAGGGGGGGAUCUCAGGCAAUGCUGAAGCUGAUAGACACGACUCGGAUACCUAUCAUUUGCGUGUGCAAUGAUCGAAUGAGCACCAAGGUGAGGACUAUUGCUAGCCGAUGUUUGGAUCUCCGAUUCGAAAAGCCGACACUUGCACUUCUCAGAGCUCGCAUGCAGCAAAUUGCGGCGGCGGAGGACCUCGUUGUUUCCGACGAGACGCUUUCCAGGAUUGCUGAGAUUUCAGGGGGAGACAUGCGUCAGUGUGUUGGACAGCUGCAGCUGCUUGCGACACAGAUGCGACACCGAAAGUUAGGCGGAGCUGCACUUUCUGCUGGGAAGGACGCUCAAGUGACGUUGGGCCCCUUCGAGUGCUGCAAGCUGCUGCUCGACAGCCGCACUGGCAGCAAAAUGAAGCUAUGGGAAAAGGUGGAUAUGUUUUUCGUAGAUUAUGACAUGCUCCCCCUCCUCAUUCAGGAAAAUUACUUGACUGCCAUAGGCCAAGGGCUGCACCAGCAACUAGGGAACACGUCUUCUUUGCAUUCUUGGGAUUCCCAUGGCACUUUGGGGACUGCUCCCUCACCAGAACUGUGUGCUCUAGAGAGCAGCGCGAAGGCAUCACGUGCUUUGUGCCUGGCAGACAGAGCAAAUGCAGUCCUUAGAUCCAACCAGGAGUGGUCUUUGCUCCCGACUAUGGCAGCUUUCUGUUGCGUGGACGUUCCCGCGGAGGCUGUCGCUCCUUUGGCUUGUGGCGGAGAUCCUAAGGCCACUGUAGAGCGUUUGAGUACAUAUGGGCUAAGGAGGGAGCACUUAGUGGAUCAUAUGCAAUCGCUUAUGCUCAGGAAACAGGCGCGAUUGUAUGAAUCCGUCGAGAGCAAGUCGAAGGCGGCAUUCACGCGGCUUUGCUCCUCGCUGCUGCAGCAGCAGACGCAAAUACACUGCUCAAAAUCCAAAAAUAGGACGCAGUCUCUUAAAGAGGUGAUAUAUGCUACACAGGCUGACCUUUGA